CGUUCGUGUCUCUGUGCAUUUGUAUUUACACUGUGCGUGGUGAGGCCUGGCUCGCCGCUAUCCGAUGAAUGGCAGUCAGUCCUGCGGGGCUUGCGACCUACCUUUAUCGGUUUUGUCGGCGUUUUCCUCGUGGUUCCCACGUCCAACGCGGAUCAGACUUUAGAUCCACAUCUCCAGGUUCUACGGGAACAGCUUGGCGGCCAGAUUUGUCAGGAACAGCGGCGUAUAACCCGGUUUUGCGCCCUUUCCCGGGACCUGCGGCCGGCGGGUGAGUCUUUGGUUGAGCGCGGGAAACUGAUGUGUUGUCUGCGGAGGUAGCGAGCACAACGGGACACACAGACACGGCCACCAUGAGUAUCAGCAGUGACGAGGUCAACUUUCUGGUCUACAGAUAUCUGCAAGAGUCGGGGUUUACCCAUUCUGCGUUCACGUUCGGCAUCGAGAGUCACAUCAGCCAGUCUAACAUCAACGGAGCGCUGGUCCCGCCUGCCGCCCUCAUCUCCAUCAUACAGAAGGGUCUGCAGUACGUGGAGGCAGAGAUCAGUAUUAACGAAGAUGGUACAAUUCUAGACAACAGAGGCAUCGAGGCGCUAUCGUUGAUCGACGCGGUCAUGCCGGAUGUGGUACAGUCCAGGUCGCAGGCGCUUCGAGAAAAGAUCGCGGCAGAAAAAGUCGCCAACGCGGCCAAAGCUGAGGCACAAAUUAACGGGGAAGACACCACGAAUAACGUAGACACUAACCAUGUAGAUGCUAUGGAGGUGGACGGCACCAUGGAAAUCCCACCCAGUAAGGCUACAGUACUGAGAGGGCACGAAUCAGAGGUCUUCAUCUGUGCAUGGAACCCUACAAGUGACAUGCUAGCAUCAGGGUCUGGUGACUCCACAGCAAGGAUAUGGAACUUGACAGCAAAUAACAACAGUGCCAACCAGCUGGUUCUCCGGCACUGUAUACGGGAGGGCGGGCAGGAGGUUCCCUCCAACAAGGACGUCACGUCGCUCGACUGGAAUGUCAAGUCCCAGCCAUGGGAAGGCGACCAAGAAGUACCGUCCAACAAAGAUGUCACGUCCCUAGAUUGGAACUCAGAGGGGUCGCUCCUAGCAACAGGGUCGUACGAUGGGUUCGCAAGAAUUUGGUCCACAGACGGUCGGUUGGUCACAACGUUAGGCCAGCACAAAGGGCCCAUAUUUGCGCUGAAGUGGAAUAAAAAAGGAAAUUACCUACUUAGCGCAGGUGUAGAUAAGACCACAAUAAUCUGGGACGCUCACUCAGGGGAAGCAAAGCAGCAGUUCCCGUUCCACUCGGCGCCAGCCCUGGACGUGGACUGGCAGACCAACACCAGCUUCGCGUCCUGCUCCACGGACAUGUGCAUCCAUGUCUGCAAACUCGGCGUGGACAAACCCAUCAAGACAUUCCAGGGGCAUUCGAACGAGGUGAAUGCCAUCAAAUGGGAUCCUUCAGGAACGUUGCUGGCCUCCUGUUCAGACGACAUGACACUCAAGAUCUGGAGUAUGAAACAGGACAGUUGCGUGCAUGACCUCCAGGCACACACGAAGGAGAUCUACACAAUCAAGUGGAGUCCUACAGGUCCUGGUACCAACAACCCCAAUGCACAGCUCAUGUUAGCCAGCGCGUCAUUUGACUCGACUGUGAGGUUAUGGGACGUAGAAAGAGGGGUGUGCAUCCACACGCUCACCAAGCACCAAGAACCCGUCUACAGUGUCGCCUUCAGUCCCGACGGCAAGUACCUCGCCAGCGGGUCCUUCGACAAAUGUGUCCAUAUAUGGAAUACACAGAGUGGGCAGCUUGUACAUAGCUACCGGGGGACAGGGGGCAUCUUCGAAGUGUGUUGGAACUCUACAGGAGACAGGGUGGGGGCCAGCGCGUCAGAUGGAUCAGUCUGCGUGUUGGACUUAAGAACGUUGAAGUAAGGAGGGAGACACACACACAUUGUACAGAGAAUGAACAAUAUCGUGUUUGUAGAACUCUUCAAAGUUUGGCGCCGCCAGCGAUGACUCUGAGUCUCUUCGGAGCACAACGUGACCAAUUGGAAACCAGACUGUUCAGGAUCACGAGUGGGUGUCGGCACAGCGAACAGUUUUUGAAACUGACAGCGAGGAGAGAACCAAGGAAUUCCUGAAGGACACCUGAAGGUCGUGAGGAUCGCCAGCACAGGACGACCCAAGUCUUCUCUAGACGGACAUUGGGAAGGAGGUGGACAUUUCCUUCACGUUGGAGGAAACUUAGCAAAUUCGGAUACCUCGUAUCCCGCAGAAAAAAAACGUGUGCACCGUGAGAGACGUUGUGAUUUGAAGUCAACCUUUGAUUGUACCACAAACGAAAGCACCCCCUGAAGCGACUGAUGUUUUAUACAGCCCAGCCUAGCACAUUUUUCCUACGUGUAUGUUAAAAGUGUAUGAUUCAGUGUUGUUUCUAGUAUUAUCCUUAUUAACUCCUGCCAAAGCACCACACAAAUGAGUAUACUUAUUAUUGAAUCGUGAAGUAAGGAUGAUUUCCCCCUGUUGUAUAUUAAUUCUGGUGUUGCGCCCCUGUAUAUUUUUGUCUGUUGAUGUUCUUGUUUGUAGGUUAAACUGAAAGGACGUGUGUUGAUUUGGUUCGGCUUUGCUGUUGUUUUCGGAAGGUAAAACUAAAAGACGCUGUAAGCACCAAUCACUGCCCAGGGUUAUGGAGGGGUCCAGGGGUAGGAGCUCUUGUGGUCCCUUAUUUUACUGUUUUGGCUCUUUGACAGAGAUCUUUAGUGACAAACCAAAACUGUAAAUAGAUCCAGUCAUCAGGGUAUUGUGUAAAAUGUCCAGUAGAGCGAAAAAGGGUGAAAGAUGCUGAAAAAAAAUUUGAAAAAGAGCUAGACGGGUGUUUUGAAAAGAGCAAUGCCCCGCUCCCCACCUGAUCCCGAGAGGCAAAACUGACAGUUCGAUUUUUUCAAGUUGGCGUAAGGUCACAGGUAGUUGGUCAAAGGUAAGGUUCUACCAACCCAUCAUCUCCUCUGAGAAGAAAUGAGAGGUGUGCAAGAACCACUCGGAAGGAAAACCUCAGGGCAUGGGUUCGAUUCCCAAGGCUGGAAAAGAGCAGAUGAGCCUCAAUUCAAGAAGUGGUGAUGUUUUCUUUUUCAAAGGCCUGUGGGGGCAACCAAUUUAAAGCACACGUAUGUUGCAACGUAAGGAAUUUGUGUCCCAAGAUGCAUUGCUGUGGGGUCAAGUCCCAGGAUGCAUCGCUGUGAGGUCAAGUCCCAGAAUGCAUUGCUGUGAGGUUGCGUCCCAAGAUUCAUUGCUGGAGGACUGUGAUUUUUCUGCUGCUCACUCAGUCGCGUGUAACUGCCAUGUCAAAUUUGUACCCUUAGCAGAAGAGAAAAAAAAA